CGAGUUGUUGAGAAAUUGGAGUUCUAAAUUGUUUUGCAACUUUCAAGAUACAGAGAUUUCUAUGCCAGCACCCUUAGGUCAAAUUCAUACUCUUACAGAAAAGGCUUUCUUGUAAUCAUCAUCUCCAUCUCCACCAUGUCUUGUGAGAUAAACGAUGAAGAACAAGUACCUAUCAUUGACCUUUCUCUGCUAAAUCAUGGCCUCCAUGAUCAUGACACAGAAAGCACUUUUGCUCAGCUGAGGAAAGCUUGUGAAGAAUGGGGUUGUUUUCUGGUCAUAAAUCAUGGGAUCAAGGAAGAGAUUAUUCAUCAAAUGGAUUCAGUUGCACGACAAAUCUUUGCACUUGCCAAAGAGACAAAACAAAAACAUGGUUCAGGGGGAUGGAAUGUCAGCUAUAUGGCCGACUUAGCUGGGGUGCCCUUCUAUGAGAGCAUCGGUGUCCAUGGAGCGCCAGAUCCCACAGCAAUCAAGAAAUUUUCUGAGCAUCUAUGGCCUCAGGGAAACCCAGAAAUCCGCAAAAUCAUAGAAUCUUAUACCUGUGGAGUUGAAGAGCUUACAAACAAUAUCAUCAAACUGAUCCUGAGAAGUUUUGGGCUAAGCGAGUACUAUUCCUCAUUUCAAUUUGUGGGUCACCUGCGCAUGAACUACUAUAACCCACCUCCCCAUAAAAAAGGAGGUUCUACAACUCACACAGACCAAAAUUGUAUUGUGGUAAUGUACCAAGAUAGCACAGGGGGGCUUCAAGUUGAAAGCAAGUCAGGGAAGUGGGUAGAUGUGAAACCUCUGGAUAACAGUCUUGUGGUAUUCAUGGGUGAUUCAUUUACAGCAUGGAGUAAUGGCAGGAUUCACAAUGUACUACACAGAGUAGUAUGUGAGGGUUAUUCUAGGGUUUCAGUGCCAUUCUUUUAUUUCUUCUCAGAUGAAACCCUCAUAAAUGCACCUCCUCAGAUGGUGGACAAUGAUCAUCCUCGCCUUUACAAACCCUUUAUUUAUGCAGAUUACAGUAACUUCUGGCAGCCCAAAAAGCGGUUGAGGUUAAUGAACAGGCAGAGUUUCUUAACAGAGACUGAAGAAAAGUACCUUGAAAACUUUGCACACAUUUUGAAUGAAUGAAUCUUAGAAGAAAAGGGUAAUGGAACAAUUAAUAGUUAUAUUACUUAAACAGCUUACUGUCAACGUUCUGUUAUAUUACUUUUUAAACAGCUUAUAUACUUGUAUUCAGCUUCGUUCAAUAAAAUAAAAACUUUGCUUUCUGUCAUAUUUUAAUGACAGAGACUAAUAACCAUGCUACCUUUAUUUUGUUAGCCAUUAAUGGCUCACCUUUUCUGGUAAAGUUUAUCUAAUUUUAUUUUAUUUUGUUUU